AUGCUCUCUGCAAACGAUAAACCCUCGACGACAACGUCAAAUGGACUCACCUCCAACCUCUACGGCGGAUGUACUGCACAACCACAAUCACGACACACCGGUCCCAAAGCAUAUAUGCGCAACCACGCCAUGAACUCGGAAAGCUCGCUACAACAUAUAUGGAUAGUGACGGGACCGGCAGGGUCGGGCAAGACGACAGUUGCAAAGAAUCUUCAGGCUGAGAUGGGAUUGCCAUUUUUGGAGGGUGACGAUUUCCACCCUCCGGCCAACAAAGAGAAAAUGGCCAACGGUAUCCCGCUCACAGACGCAGAUCGAUGGGACUGGCUCAUAUCCCUCCGCGAUGCCGCUAUCGACAUCCUCACAAAGCCCCCUUCAACAGAAACCGAAACCACAGCAGCAGUAGACGGCACGUUACCCCCUCCAACGGGCGUAAUAAUGUCUUGCUCCGCCCUCAAACUCAAAUAUCGCGACGUCAUCCGCGUCGCUGAAUACUACAACCCAUCUCUUCGGAUUCAUUUCAUCUAUCUGAAAGCCGACGAGAAGACGCUUAUGGAGCGUGUCAAUGGACGCGCAAGUCAUUAUAUGAAGGGGAAUAUGGUACAUUCGCAGUUUGAGGCGUUAGAGGAUCCGUCGGAUGAGGUUGAUGUGUUGGCUGUGGAUGUUUCGGUGCCGCCUGAUGUGGUGCAGAGGAGUGUGUCGGAUGUUGUGAAGAAGAAGCUUGCAGAGUACAACUCAUAG